AUGAGCUCUCCAACAAAAACACAGCGCUGGGUACUGCGCGAGAAGCCGUACGGAACCCCCGUGCUGGACGGCAAGGAUGCCACAUUCCAACUGGAGGAGGGAGUUGCUCUCCCCGCCCUGCAGGAGGGCCAGGUGCUGCUGAAAACGCUGUACCUGAGCAACGACCCUGCGCAGCGGUCGUGGAUCUCCCCGCUGGCGCAGGCAGAACGCCUGUACCUGCCUCCUGUGCAGGUGGGCGAGACGAUGAAAUCGAUGGGGAUCGCGCAGGUAGUCGCCUCGCGCUGUGCGGCAGUCCCCGUCGGGAGUUUGGUGACAGGGAACCCGGGCUGGGCGGAGUACUCUGUCGACGAAGGGGAGAAGGUGGCGGUGAUCGAGGAGAUUCCCGCCGGACUGCCCGUCACGCAUUUCCUGGGCGCGCUGGGCCUGCCGGGCUUCACGGCGUACUAUGCCCUCACGCAGAUCGUCAAGGCGACGGCGCGGGAUGCGAUUGUCGUCAGCGGGGCGGCGGGUGCUGUCGGGACGAUGGUGGUGCAGAUCGCCAAGAAGAUGAUCGGAUGCAGAAAGGUCAUUGGGAUUGCAGGGACGGACGAGAAAUGCCGAUGGGUGGAAAAGCUCGGCGCCGACGUGUGCAUCAACUACAAGUCGCUCUCGUUUAAGCAGACACUCACCCAGGAGACGGAGGGGUUUGUGGAGAUCUAUUUCGACAAUGUCGGCGGUGAAAUCCUGGACUUUAUGCUGACGCGACUGGCCAAGUUUGGGCGUGAAGUUAUCACCAUGCGCCUGCAAAUCCUAGGGUUCAUCAACAUCGACUGGAUCGACCAUCUGGCCGAAGUGCGGGCGAUUCUCGUGGAAGAAUGGAAGAAAGGCACGCUGGUGAUUGGCGAGGAGAGCGAGAUGGUGGUCGACACUGCGUUCAAGGACAUUCCAUCGACCUGGAUGAUGCUUUACUCGGGGGGCAAUACAGGCAAGUUGGUUACCAGGGUGAAAUAG